CCACUCGAGAAAACUUUACAACCGGCUCCGGCUGUACCGUUCACUCUAGCUUUCAAUUGAUUUUGUUCUUUCACGGUGUCAAGUACUUUUCAUCUCAAGUAAAUUUCGAAGAAAGUGUCUCAGUUUUUUCAAAGUGUUUUUUCUUGUCAAAAAAACUCCCAAGUUUGAAUCAAGGAAGGAAAUCUAGAGCAACAAUGGCUUAUCGAAACAAUAACCGUCGCAAUAAUGGUGGUGGUGGUGGAGGUAAUUUCGGCAACAACUAUGGUAAUGCUGGCCGAAUCAAUCCUUGGGACACAGGUGUGGGCGGGGGCCGUGGAAAUAAUGACGCCCUCACGCUGGCAAACAGUCUAAUCAAUAAUCUACUCCGCAAUCAAAACACUAACCAGGUUCCGCCGUCGCUCCUGGACGGCGUUCAAUCGUCCCGAUUCGAUGAUAUGAAUGGAUUCAACUUCAUACGGAAUCGGUACGGAAAAAACCGUAACAGUAACGGCCCCUAUAAAGGUGGCAUUCGUAAACCGGAUGCUUUCACCCGUUCCAAGAAUGUUCUGGCCAAAAACUCUCAUAAAAACAAAAACGAUAAAGAUGCUAAAGAUUCUUCGAGCAAGAAAGAGAGCAACAAGCAGGGAGCAAAUAAGAAAGGCAACUCGAGCAAUGCUGGAAACAACAACAAGCAGUCGAAGACUUCUCAAUACGCUGAAGUUUCAAACGAGUACCUGUACUGUCACAUGUGCGACAAGCAUAUGUACGAUGCAACAUCUUUCGAGAAUCACGUCACUGGUCGCACUCAUCGCGUCAUGAAGGAAAGUAUCGAAGAAAGCUAUCGCAUGCGGGCCACUUUACUUCGCCAGGAGGCGAGAAUUGCCGAGCAGCUCAAGACAAUCGAGAUCGAUCGACUGAAGCGCAUGGGCAAGGCAAAGAACUACUCGAAGAUGCGCGAAUACUGUCCGAUGUGUGAACUGUUCUUCUACGGGCACAUCAUCGCUCAUCGCCGCUCGGAGAAGCAUCUUGACCUGAAGAAAUUCUUACACCCGAAGUGUGACGACUGCGAGCUGGAAUUCCACAACCGUACCGAGUAUGACGACCAUUUGCUGUCUGUGGUUCACAUGAAGAAUUGUAAGACAAAACCAUGCCGACUUGACAUCGAAAAGAGAGCAAAACAAUUGAUUAUCUCCACUGCUCAUGAUGAAUUGCUAGACAUUCGUGAAGAAACGGCCCCGAAAAACAAGAAGAAGGACAAAGAAGCUGCCUCUUCGGCAGCGAAAAAAACAGAACAGAAAGCAACUCCAGCGGCUGUAACCGCCGAAUCUGGCGAGAACGGCGACGCUGCCAAGCCAGAUUCCGAGAAGCCCGCGGAGAAAUCUACCACGGAAGAUGGUGCAACGGAGGAGGCCAAAUUGGAAGAGGAUGUGCCCGAGGACGAAGUUGUCAAGGAUGAGGAGAGUGAGGAUUGCAUACUGGACUACAAGCCAGGUGAUGAAAUCUCUCCCGAGAUCGACAACAAGCUGCCACGGUAUAAGAAGAACCGUGCUCUUGGCUUGAGCUUGAUCGGCAAACUGGAGUGCCACGAGUGUCGCAUAUGUCACAAGUAUUUCGACAACGAGGCUACUGGAGAGAUCCACGCUCGUACUCACUCACAUUAUCGUGCGUUCAUCCGCUUCUUGAACGAGAAGGCACUAGAGGUGCGCAUUUCCCAAAAGCGCGCUGCCGUCGCAUUGGAAGAGGCUGAAACCGCCAAGAAGCAAAAGCUGGCCACUGAAGAAAAGAAGGCCGAGGAGAACGGAGCAGAGGCCCAGAAGAAGGAUUCCGACUUGUACGAUCCUUCCGAAGCUACCGGCGAAGAAUCGGCCGACGCUAGCAUGGCUGAUGACAGCAAGAGCGAGGAAGCUAAUGGUGGUAACAGUGAAUCACAGUCUGAACCGAUGGAGACGGAGAACACCGAAACAAACAAAGCCGAAGCGUCCACGCCUGCGGACGAUAAGUCUACCGCUUCUUCGGCCGACACUUCUACGGCCAACAAACCGGAGGAAACUCCCAAAGAGGAGUCAAAACCGGAAAAAGAAGAGCCGAAGGCUACUCCCGCCAAGAACAACAAACGGGGACGCGGCGGACGUUCCGGCCGCUACAGUGGACGGUACUAAAAAAUGGUGAAAAAGUUUAAACUCAGAUUCAGAAAGAAAAGUUUUUGUGCUGAACCAACCAUUUUCAAAGCAAGCAAAACUCUUGAGAGUAUUACCUAUAAUGCAAUGAAAUGAAGCCACACACUAAACCCACGAUACAUGCAAAUUAUUCUAUAUUUAUUCUAUCAAACUCAAUAAUAUUUCAUGAUAAUGAUGAUAAUGAUUGUGCUGCAAAACGGAUACAGUAAUUUUAUUGAUUUUAGAAUCAGUCAACAAUGAUUAUACCUAGUUUUUCUGUUCGUGUAUCAACAAAUGGGGCGAAAACCAUAUUAUACAUUUUCGCAAUAUUUUACAUAUUAUUUCAUAUUAACGCUGUAACGUAAAAUGCAGAAAAAAAUAAUUAUGCAUGAUUAAAUAUAGAAAAUGAAAAAAAGGUGUUUGUUAAUGAAAAUCCCGCAAGAAAAUAAUCACACAUUCAAAGCAACAAAACAAAUUUCUGGUAAAUGUGCACUCGAACGCUUUUGUGUGUCAUCUAGGCUUUCAAACCAAUACAUACAACAUAUGUGCAAUAAAUGCACAGAGAUUCUUUUUGUCCUCGAUACUCCAGGAAGACGAGUGCACAUUUUCAACGUAUUCAUUAGUAACUUAUGGGGAAAUUGUGUAAAACUGUUUAACGCUGGCACCCCGCCAGCUAGACGCAAAACAAACAAAAAAUAUCUAAAAAAAGGCAUAAAUAUUCUCUCAAAUGUAAUCAAACAAAUUUACAAGUAACACGAAAUUCUCGGUAUCGUUAAGUAAUCUACCUAAAAUAAAACAAUGAAAAACAUAAUUGUAUUUCACCGAAAAUGUAGUAGCAUUGUUGUGAGAAGAGUUCAAACCUCUGCAAUAAUAAAAAUUAAUUGCUUCUCUUUGUGUAGUUACAGCAGAAAAAAACACUUAAAAAAUAUGCAUCAAAUUGAAUAAUUUUUCUCUGUGAUUCAACCAGAAUGCAAUUAUUUCAAAACACAUUGAGCAAAGACAACAGAAUCGCCACAUUGGAAGAAUGGAAGGGCACAUCAAAAAGAAGUCCCACGUGGUUUGAACUAUUUUGAGUGAAACAUGAAAGAGUGCAAAAACAUGCUCGAUGUACACAAGCAUGAAAUAAUGUGAAACGUGCGAUGUCCGAUUUAGUUUGCAUCAAUUUAAAAAGCACAACUAGCUGAAACCGCUGCAUGCAAUCGUUCGUAGCACUAUCAAUUGGCUUUAGAGAAAUGGAGACACGUUUCAAACUUAAAGAAAUGUCUGUUAACGAUUCGAAGUGAAAUUAGUAGCAGCAUGCGUCAGAGAAAGGGUCCCUUUGAGAAACGUAUAUUAAGGAAAAUAUUCCAAAAUAAUGUGUGUAAUGUUCACGGAAAACAGGUAAAACAAGAAUCAAACACAUUCGUCAUCACAGGAAAAACUACGCCUCGUCUUGUCCUGGUCCUUUUCCGAACCAUACAAGACUAUUUAAAUAAAAGAAGGUACUGAUGUAACCGAGCAUUGUGAAACAUUGUGAAUGAAUAUUCUUCUAGUGAUUGACAAAAAUAAAACCGGGCAAAAAUCUGAGUUUAAAACAA